AUGAAAUAUUCUGGCACUUUCUAUUUAAAAUUUAAAAACUACCAAUGUUUGAAAAAUGAUAUCUGGCAGAGAAUUGGUUAUCUUGGUAUCCGAGAGAAAUAUAGAGGGAAAAGAUCUGGAAAGAAUAAACAUCGUAUAGCAGUGAGAAUUACAUCUCGAAAUACUAGACUUCUUGAUCAUGGGAAUCGUCGCUUUCACAAUCCUUCAAACUGUGUAAUACCAAAAUUAUUAAAUUGUGAUAAGACUUAUGAUUUACCAAACUUUCUGGUGUUAAAUGCUCGAUCUAUUGCGGGAAAAGUUGACGAACUUCGUUGUGUUAAUGACCAACAUGAAUUUCAAAUCAUAUGCAUUGCUGAAACGUGGCUGUCUGAAGAAAUUUCUAACGAAAUAAUUGGUCUAAGUGAUUAUGACAUUAUCCGAUGCGACAGAACUGGGUAAAAAGGAGGUGGAGUUGCUGUGUAUGUUCACCGAAAUCUGUUAUAUCGAAUUCGACGUGAUUUAUCAUCUAGUAAAUUUGAAUGUAUUUGGCUAACUAUUCAGCCGAGGAGUCUUCCUAGAUCAAUCUCACGAUUAGUUGUUGCGUGUAUUUAUUUGCCUUCUAGCCUUAGCCAAGACAAAAUUGAAUUGGCUUAUGAUUAUCUGGCUUCAUCCUAUGAUAAAAUCACAACAGAGAGUCCUGAUUCUGGAUUUGUUAUUACUGGUGAUUUUAACCCUAAUAGUAACAGAUUUGACUGUAAGACCCUCUCUUCACAGUGCAAUUUGAAGCAAAUAGUUCAAUCACCAACUAAAAAUGAUGCUAUUCUAGAUCUGAUUUUUACCAAUAUAAAAGAUUUGUAUGAUACUCCUAUAACCUCGGCCCCCUUGGGAACAAGUGAUCACGCAUGCAUAAAAUGGAGAACAAAGACAAAGAUCAAUUAGGCAUUAAGCCUAUAAAAAGAAAAGUUAAAGUGCGUCCGGUAAGAUCAUCUAGACUUAUUGAAUUUAGACACUGGGAAGUGUUUGUCAAUUAAACUUAAGAAUUCCCGUCCUAUGUUCGUGUUAACACUCUUACUAAAUGGUGGGUUGAACCAAAUUAUGUUGCGUUGCCUAUUCCUACGUGUCCGUUGCGGUGCAUCCUGAGUGUACGUAAAUUCGUGAUCAAAGUUACUAUGUCUAAGAGCGUUCUGGUAAAUAGGUGUACAUUCCUUAAAUGUUUGUUCGUCCGAUGAGAGAAGUGCAAUGCGUUUGUUGAUAGCUGUAGGUAAUUGUCUUGUAAUGCUUGGUGGAUGGUUUGAGUGUCUGUUGAUGUACAAUGGAUCGUCAUUGAGUUUUCUGUAUGGUUUAUGUUUUGCGUUGAUCAGGUCGAAAAUAACAUCUAAAAAAAAAUACAACGUUCAUAUUUACUUCGGCGGUGAUUUUCAGGUCAAAUUGAACCCAAUGACGAUCCAAUUGAACCCAAUGACGAUCCAAUUGAACCCAAUGAACCCAAUGACGAUCCAUUGUACAUCAACAGACACUCAAACCAUCCACCAAGCAGUACAGGACAAUUACCUACAGCUAUCAACAAACGCAUUGCACUUCUCUCAUCGGACGAACAAACAUUUAAGGAAUCUACACCUAUUUACCAGAACGCUCUUAGACAUAGUAACUUUGAUCACGAAUUUACGUACACUCAGGAUGCACCGCAACGGACACGUAGGAAUAGGCAACGCAACAUAUUUGGUUCAACCCACCAUUUAGUAAGAGUGUUAACACGAACAUAGGACGGGAAUUAUUAAGUUUAAUUGACAAACACUUCCCACUACAGCCCAAACUACACAAGAUUUUUAAAAGAAACACUUUAAAAGUAAGAACAACGUUAAGUCUAUAAUCACCUGCAUGAACAACGUUAAGUCUAUAAUCACCAAACACAACGCACAUAUAAUUAGGAACAGUCAAUCACAGAAUACGGAAACUGACAACUGUAACCGCGACAACAAAAACACUUGCCCACUACCGAAACAAUGUAUGACCAACAACAUUAUUUACAAAGCCACAGUCACAACCAACAACACGAACGACACUAAACACUACAUUGGUAUGACAGCGACUACAUUUAAGGAACGUUACGCUAACCACACUUCAUCUUUUCGUCAUAAAAAAGACUCAAACAAAACGGAACUUUCGAAACAUAUUUGGAAAUUAAAAGAAAACAAUAGGAUUAUACCAUCAAAUGGUCAAUUUUAAAACACGCUAUUUCGUACACAGGGGGAUCGAAACGCUGCAAUUUAUGUUUGGAAGAAAAAUUUUGCAUUUUGAAAGACAUAAACAAAGACAAUUUACUCAAUAAAAGAAGCGAAAUUUUCGACAAAUGUCGUCACAAAAACCUGUUUCGAGUAAACAAGGUCGUUAACAAAACCUAAUGACCCAAGCAUGCAUUGUCUCGCCUAAGCAUUGUUUCGCCUACACGCAUUCCGCACAUUCUUUCGAUAGCAUAAAAGCAACCUACAAUUUCGAAAUUACUCACCACCUGAUGAUUCCUAUACGGAUGAAACAGACUGUUGUGGUUUUUUGAGGUAAAACAAAAAACUAUUACGCUCUAUCUAUAUGGUAUUGAGCACUGUUUGUGUUUCGUAAACCAAAAUCUUAAGAUAUAUAUAUAUAUAUAUAUAUAUAUAUAUAUAUAUAUAUAUAUAUAUAUAUAUAUAUAUAAAUUAAGGUACAACAACUCAACUAAAUCCACUAGCCACAUAUUGUGGUACGAAACUAUUUGUAUAGGUAAUCAUGCGAUGGAGAGUACAAUUAGGGAUUAAUAGUACGAGUGAUGUUUGGAAAUUUUGCCAAAAUUGGACGAGCCGCCGGGGCGAGUCCAAUUUGGAAAACGUCCAAAUUAACAUGAGUACUAUUAAUCCCUAAUUGUACGAGCAACAUCGCAUGAUUACUUGUUUAUUAUUAGCAUGACAAAAUUGGAUACGUACUUCUCAAUGUCAACAUCGUAUUCUCUCGCCAAAGCCCAUCAGUCCUGCCAGUUGGUGCUUUUGUUUGUAUUUUCAUUUAGUUCUUUUGUUCAAGCAAAAUUUUGUGCUUUUGUUCGUAUUUUGAUCUAGUUCCUCCACGGCAAUUUCAUUUCGCAAUUGUGUUUAAAAUACCUUUCCGCCAUUUUGUUUGUUUUGAGAAAAUCAUUAAUUGUACUGCAUGCAGUACAAUUAAUGAAAUAAUUGUACUCCUCUCAACCAAUCAGCAUCCAGUAAUUUUGUCAUGCCAAUAAUAAAAUAAGUAAUAAAAAUGCCUGGUGGAUUUUGUUGAUUUGUUGUACCUUAAUUUAAAUUUGCUCUUGUUUUCCAUUGAGCACUUUGCCAAAAUUUUUUAUAACCAACGAAACCAAAUCUUAUACAUAUACUGUAUAUCUAUGCUCAAACAACCACGAGGGAAGUGAGCUUUGCGUUAUUGCUAAUGGAUACCCAAUUAACUCCACAGAGUGCUCUACAACACCGAAGUGAAGUAGCAUAAUAGUACAAUAUGCAGACACGCAUGUUUCGGCGUCCUACACCUCUUGCUCUCAUGACACUUACAUGACACUUGCUCUCCCAAGAAAUAAUUAAUGAAUGGGAAAAUCCUUGUGUUAAAAUAUCUAUUUCUAUUAGUAUUAAUAAUUAAUAAUUAUUGUUCUAUACACUAUUAGAACCACACGUGAUUUAACGAGAAGUGAGAUUAGAAUUACCUCUAAAAUGUUAUGGUAUGUAGUUUUACCCCAAAAGGUUGCAACUACACUACAGCCUGUUUCGUUCAAGAGGAAUCAUGAGGUGGCUCAUGUUAGAUGAAACAUGUCGGGCUGUAGUGGGAACCUCUUCCGGAAAAAACUACAUUAUCGGCUGUACAUAUCUUUAAAAUAUUCAUUAAAAAUUCAUAAACCUGGUAGCAAAUCAUGUCAGCCAUAACAUGUCACGUGGAGUGACUUCACGUGACAUGAAAAGUCAUCUUCAUUAGUAUUCUUUAUAUAAUUGUUCAUCGUAGUUAGUAUGAUUAUAUAAUUGUUCAUCCUAAUUAGUAUUCUUUUGUAGUCGUAUUUUAAGCUAUUCAAAACACUCGAACUCGCGUUUUAUCAUUUCUAAAACGCUCGGCUGCGCCUCGCGUUUUAAAUAUGAUAAAAGGCUCCUUCUCGUGUUUUAAAUACUACAUAUGAUAUCGAGCACUCUUUAGCAUUUCGUGAAACCAACCACAAUCGUAAAAAGUUGUAAUAAUUAACAAACAUCAACAUUUUUCGAAACGUUUUUAUAGGUACGACUGUAAAUACCUCAAGCAUGCAUGCAAUAAAUUUUCGCCAUCAACGUUCGACUUUUACAAGGAAUAAUUGGUAAUAAAUAUAGAAAUAAAUUUGGUGAUAUAAAUAAAUCUAGAUCUAUAUGGUGUACUAUUGAAACUGACACUGCAUACAUGAUGUUAUGCAUCAUAAUUAAAAUUUAAAAGGUAGUCGAAAAUCAUACCUCGUCAUCUAUCUUGCCACCUGUUGUUUUAAUUUCAAUUAUUUUUUACAGUUUCAUGUAUACCUAUCAGGUUGCAAGGGCCAUCUAGUGCAAAUGGCGCUGGUCGUGUGGAAGUAUUUUACAAUGAUAGAUGGGGGACAGUCUGUGAUGAUGCGUGGGAUAUGAACGAUGCCAGGGUUGUAUGUCGUGAACUUGGUUAUAAAUAUACUAUUAAAGCUUUUCAAGGAGGCGAUGUUCCUGAUGGUACUGGGAAGAUAUGGUUAGAUGAUGUCGCGUGUACUGGGAGUGAGCUACGCUUGAGCAGUUGUUCUCAUGGAGGGUGGGGAAUUGAAAAUUGCGGGCACAGUGAAGAUGCAGGAGUAGAAUGCUCUUCAACAGGUAAAAUCAUUAUAUAUUUUAAAUUUUAAUUAAUAAGCACUUGCAUGAGACUGUGGCACACUAUCAGAUAUAAUGAAAAUUGCGGGCACACGGAAGACGCCGGAAAAACAUGUUCUUCGACAAGAGGUAAAGUCGUAUUAAAUUAUUAUAGGCUAUAGAGAAUAAUACAUGGGUGCGCGGAAAUACCAGAUUUAUUUCGAGUGUUGAACAUGAUAUCUCACGAGUGAGCGCAAUAUUAUAUAAAGGACAGUCUUUCAAAAGCGAUAAUUUUUACAGAAAAAGCGAUAAUUGAAAAACGAUAAUUUUCAGAUUAUCAUAAAUAAUCUCACAUGUGAGAUUAUCACUUUUAUCAGUGCUCGAAAUCUCUAUAAAGCACUGUACUUUAUAUAAUAAAUUGUUUUAACCACUAGAAUAAACAGUGGCAAUAUCACUCACUGAAUUCCUAAUUGCCAGUGUACACCAUAUUUCACUGUUAUCGCCAAAAAUGAUACUCUAUAGUUUUUUUUCCAUUUUCGUUUUUUGCGUGUUACAUUUAUAUUAUUAUACCUAUACUGUAUAUUGUUAUCGCAUUUUGGCGCGUAACGUUGAUGUCUUGCACAAUUAUUUGUAAUUAUAAUAUAGCAUUUGUAAAUUCUGAACGCUGAUUGGCUAAGAGCCGUGUUGAUAUAACUCAAUGUCAACACGGGAAAUUUUCCGCCGCUUGUAAACACGGUAAUUUUGCUUAUCCUUCGGGCUUACAUACAAUUUAUCCUUUUCCCAAUUCCACUCGUGUUGAUAUAACUGUAUAUCAACACGGAAAAUGUUCUAUAUUUGUUAAACAUAAUUCAUACGUACAUAAUUCAUUUGUACUCACUGCCAAAUAAUGGAUAGGGAAGAAUAACGUAUUUGCUGCCAAGAGUCCCAGCUUGUGUUUCUAUAAACCAAGAAGCAGGACAAAUUGAGGAGAUACCUGUCCCAGAAUGUAUUACUGAUAACCCUGCAUUUCAGUAUUUAUGUCUAAAUUAUUUGGUCUUACAGGUUGCUUGGAGCGAUUAUAGACAACAUAAUGGCAUAAAGGCACAUGAAGGGCCUGAGGAUAUAUUAGGCAAAGAGAUAAAGGGUCCCCUUGCCAUCUUGUGCAGUUAG